AUGCUGCAGCCUAGCCCCCCUCCUUUUCACUCGUACCACAAGCCUUCAACUGUGGUGGUCCUAAAGAGGGUAGGGGCUAGAGGGGGUUUACAUCUUUGUCACAAAUUACCGUUGUCUCUCUUUUUGUGUUUUGUUGCAGGGACCAGUUUUUCUCCACAAGAAAACUCUCACAACCACAGUUCCCUUCAUAGCUCCAACUCACAUUCUAACCCCAGCAAGACCUCAGACACACCUCACGAACCCGGGGACGACUGGUCAGAGCACAUCAGCUCGUCCGGAAAGAAAUAUUAUUACAACUGCAGGACAGAGGUGUCCCAGUGGGAGAAGCCUAAAGAAUGGUUGGAGAGAGAACAGAAACAAAAAGAGACGACAAAGACUGCGGUUGUCAACAGUUUCCCCAAAGACAGGGACUACAGACGGGAGGCUAUGCAAGCAUCGGCAGCCCCCGGCUUCACUGCAGCUAAGUCAGCCCAGGUGGAGAAGCCUGCAGCAACGCAGUCAUCGUCAUCUUCUGGCUCUGGGGGCUUGAACGCCUCAUCGGGGCCCCACGGCUCAUCAGCCUCCACGGUGCCCGUGUCCCCAGUCCUGCAGUCCCCUGCCCCCCCACUCCUCCAUGACCCCGCCCUGCUCCGCCAGCUCCUCCCGGCACUUCAGACCGCGCUGCAGCUCAACAACGCCAGUGUAGACAUGGCGAAAAUCAACGAAGUUCUCACAGCUGCUGUCACACAGGCUUCACUACAGUCGAUGCUCCAUAAGAUCCUCACUGCUGGACCAUCAGCUUUCAAUAUCACUACUAUCCUCUCUCAAGCUGCUCAGCUCUCCAACCAAGCAGCUCAGCAAUCGAACCAGUCCCCCAUGUCGUUAACAUCGGACGCCUCAUCGCCCAGGUCUUAUGUUUCUCCGAGGAUCAGCACGCCACAGAGCAACGCCGGUCACAACAAACCCCUCCACAACACGCAGCCCGCCAUCUCACAUUCAAAAGCGAGUACGACAUCAGGGAAGCAGUCCUCUCAUCCCCAGCCCUCCUCCCAACAGACCCUCUCCAGCGAGAAGCAGCACAGUCACGAUGUCUCCACGGCCUCCCCCCGCAACCUGCAGCGCCAGGGCAGUCAUAGGAGCCCCUCCCCGGGUCCCAACCACGUCUCCUCCUCCUCCAGCAGCCACGCCCCCAACUCUGCCUCCGCUCCCCCCUCCGCCUCAGCAGCCCGGACCUCCUUCACCCCCUCCCUCGCCGCUCAUUUCAACGAGAAUCUUAUCAAGCACGUGCAGGGCUGGCCUGCCGAGCACGCGGAGAAACAGGCAUCGAGACUACGUGAAGAGGCGCACACCAUGGGGAGCAUCUGCAUGUCGGAGAACUGCACCGAGCUCAAAAACCUGCGCUCCUUGGUCAGAGUCUGUGAAAUACAAGCGACAUUGCGUGAGCAGAGGAUACUGUUUCUGAGACAGCAAAUCAAAGAACUAGAAAAGUUGAAGAAUCAGAAUUCUUUCAUGGUCUGAAGACUUCUGCAGUUGAAGCAGGGGGGUUGUGGGAGAAAAAGGGGGAAGACCCAUUGCACAUAGUUGGAAGCUGGAGGGCGAGCAGCCGGUCACUUCCUCUGGAGCCCAGUCUUAAACACAGGAGCUGCAGUUUGGACCGUCGGGCUGGAGAACCAAGAGUGAAACCUGACGAGCUGUCGGAGGGGGGGGCUGCUUUACAAGACUCGAUUCUGUAAAAAAUAAAACAAGCCCACGGCAGGGGGGGAAAUGUAGAUUUCUUGUAGAUGUGAUUAUCUAUGUUGUACAUACGUUUUGUAGAUUGAAUGCCAUGGAAAGCCAUGCCUAUUAAAGCUUUUGACAUCGAAACUAAUCAACGGCUAGGCGGCUACAUUCAUUAGCUAGUCUCUCCUUCAUUUUAACGCAGACUUUAAAAAGCUUCAUUUGGUCAUAGAUCAUUGAACCAUUAAGCAUGUGGAGGAGGAAGCCAUUAAUAUACACACAAGUCUAGCACUGGUGUCAAUGUCGUUUAAAUAUCUCUAAAUUCUCUUCCUGUGAAAUAUAAGCUGUACUCAGGCGCCAUGGACGUCCCCUCUCUUUGGUCUUUGCUGAAAAACGGUUCACUGAUCUCAUCGCAGCUUCUGGUGGCUCUGCAUGUCCCAAUCUGAGAAUUAAAAAAACAGUGCCUGGUGGUGUGGUGGAAUGAGUGAUUUAAAUUGAGAUGUGACGGCGUGCUGCUCUUGGACCAUUCCCCCCCCCCCCCCCCAUCUCAUAUUCUACGAAGAGGCGGGUACCACUGGUUCAUUCCUUUGUACAGUCGCUAACCAGCAGAGGUUUUAUUUAUAAAUAACAACGAUAUCCACACACUUUGAUUUGCACCCAUAUAAGGAGUGGUCCUCCAGCAGUGUGGGGUUCAAGGCGGAUGUAUGUGGAUCACCUCUUGUGUCAGAGCAGGGCAGCAAGAGGGCACACGGUCAAAUGUGAAAUGUAUGUAUUGUAAUAAAGAUGUUCAACUAAAGCGA